AUGGCAAGUGCACUCUUGCCCGCUGUUUCGUGGCAAAGCUCGACAUCUGCUGUCACGCGCAGGGCGCCCGCGUCACACACACGUGACACGUCCCAGUGCGGAUCAAUGGAACCCACUCCGGAGCAGGCCGCCGAGCUCUACACCGCGCCAAGAACGGUAGAUUGGGCAUGCAGCACCUGUGGUUGCUCACUUGAGAUCCGGUUGACGAGGAGCAAUGAGAAGGGGAACCGUGGGCGAUCCUACGUGUCGUGCCGUGAGCCAGCGAGCCAAUCCAAGCCAUCGCCGUGCAACUUCUUCCGCUGGGUAACAAGCCGCAUCCAUCCGACUCCCCACUCCCGCGCCGGAUCAAGCGGGACAGAGAGUACGAUCAUGGAUGCACGUUCUGCGGGUGAGCCGAGUAGUGUCAGACCGAAUCCCACAAGCACGGUGUCAGUACAGUCUGCAUCGACACAGUCGUCCUCGCAGCCUGCCGGUUCGGCCAAUCCACAGCAGCACUGCUCGCACACUUCUGGUGCAAAGCAGUGCACGUCCAGACGCAUUCGCAAGGACUGCCGCCGCCGCAUGUGUCGCAAGCAUUGUUGUGCGAGCGGCGGUUGUGUGGCUCCUGAUCACGCUGGCGCAAAGCCGAUCGAGGCCUACAUGCCUAACGCAGACUCACCAUCUGCUGGCAGUCCUGGUGCCUUGGCUGUUACCAUUUCCCCAGCGAUGCCAGGAUCCUCUGGGUCCUUGCUGCCAACCUCACGCUCAGCACCAGUCAUCGCCGACGAGGUCCGCACAGCAUUGACAGCUACUCAGCCGGCGAUGAGUUCCAGGCCACGCCCCUCCCAGCCUCUGCAAGCCUCCUUACCUACGGUGGUGGGAGGUGACAAUGCAGAGCCCCGCCAUGCGUCGCAGAUGCUCCCUAUGGUCACCGAAACCUACCUACGCGAGCAACAAGCCCUGCAGCAGCGACGCGAGCAGGACGCUCAACGCCUGGAGGCUCGGCGCUUGGCGCGCCAGUACAUAACUGUGUUUGCUUGGGUUCAGAACGCGGACGUGGAGGUGUUCAUCUUGCAAGAAGAGCUCGUCUGGCCACACCUCAAGCUCACGCACACGGUACUCUGCGACCUUGGGUUCAAGAACGAGGACGACGAGAAGCUGUGCCGAGUGAAGAUGUACCAGAAGUCGCUUGGCGUGUGGUCUGUCGUCAAGCAAGACCAGGUGUUCGCUGUCGAUGAAGAGGAGAAGGUCUUCGUCAAGGCCCUUGAUGUCGCUGACCCACCUCAAUUCGCCGAGCUUCUGAGUGCGGCGACCCGCACGAAGGAGCCUCAUCUGCACAAGAAUAUUGCAUACGAGCGUGCGAGCAUCCGCGAGCAAUCACAUGCUGCAAUCAUCAAGGCUAACCCACCGCUCCGGCAGCGACAUGCGCCUUCACGAUCUCAGUCGGUCUUGUCUCACAACUCGGACACAGGACCAAUCAUCUAUGCUAACCCACUGCUCCGGCCGCGACACGCACCUUCACGAUCUCAGUCGGUCUUGUCUCACGACUCGGACACAGGAGCCUUGCCAGCUACCACGGACUCGCAGACUCAAUCCCACAAACGCCAGCACUCUGACCGGCCUGUCCCUACCCAGAGGAAGCGACGGCCUCUCAUCAAGCAAGAGGUCGCUGAUGCUAUUGAUCUGACUGUAGAGCACUCGUCUGAUUCAGCGACUGCCGCGUCUGGCUCUGCAUCUGGCUCUCCUUGGGACCCCAUUGCUAUCGAGUUCUCUGAUGACGACAUGACUGCCACUGCAGGUUCAACUCUUCUGGGUGCCUCUGGCAACUCCCUCGGCUCGACGACGACAUCAAAGAGCAAGGGCAAAGCCCGAGAAUCACGACGACGCUCGCACUCAGUUCUGUCUAUCUCUGACUCAGAUGACGACGAGCCUCUCUCGGCUGGACGACCUGGUGAAUCUUCAGCAAAUGACGAGUCAAGCUCUGGUGGCUCGAAGCCUCGGAAAGAGCGGCCACUUGACAUCGCACGGCGAAAAUCUGGGGAGCCUAUACGCUGGCUAACGCCAUCAAUCCAGCAGUGGCCUCGUGACUACUAUGCUACGGACAUCGUCGAUGGGUUCGAGGCGAUCGAUGCAGCAGUCGCAACCCGGACAAACACGGUGGCAGGGGCUUUCGAGGCCCACUUCAAGAUCAAGUAUGCUCAUGGCACCUACUACGAACAUCGGAAGCGCUGGAACAACGCGCCCCCGGAUGUGAAGAACAAGCUUCUCAAGGCCGGCAGGACGGGUCUAGGGCUGUGGUCGACCUUCAUGAACGCAGUUCGCGCACCGAAUGCUGAGGUGAAGGCUGCACGCAAGCGGGAGAGGGCCUCUCGGCGCGCUGCCCCUCUACGCAUCCCUGCUGGUUUUGAGUCUAUCUCGACGGGUGUUGACAGGAGCCAUGCUAUCGGCCCGACGGCGAGCAAUAACAUGUUCUCUGUCGCUGGCAAGAACGCCACCAACGCGUUCACGAGGAAGCCGUCCAUGCAUAACAUCCAGUGCCUGAGCCAGACCCUUCCGCGCGGCAUCAGCUCGACGACCACCCAGGGGCACGGUAGUGCGCAAGACCACGGGCACGGUCACGGCGCUGACGUCGAUGAUGGCGAGCAGCUGGCAUCUCCGGGUUUGACGUUCUCGCCGCGCACACCGGCGACGCUGAGCCCUGCUACGCCUUUUGGCGGGUUCUCAGGCUUCCACGCCGCAGAGUCGUACGAAGGGAGCGGGAUGGUCGGCGUCAUGGAGAAGGGUCACCACGGGUUCGCGAUGGGACAUCACCAGGAGAUGGGCGCGCAUGCGAAGGAAGAGGCGAAGAAGAUGGAGGAGCGGGCCGAGAGAGAUUAG